AUGAAAAAAAAGAAAAGGGUCCAUUGGACAAGAGCUGAAAUUUCAAAAGCCUUCACUCUUAGGUAUUUCAGUAAAAGAGCAUAUGUCUAUGUCAAAAAUGAACUGCAUUAUCCUCUACCUGGACUUUCUUCUCUUCAGAGGUGGGCCAAAAGCAUAGAAAUGAGGAAUGGUGUUCUUCAUGAUGUACUAAAUCUAAUGAAACUCAAUGGUGAAGUAUUGAAUAAUUCUGAAAAGCUUACAGUAUUAAUGUUUGAUGAAGUCAAAAAACACUUUAUGCAUUUGAAUUUCUUAAAAAACAAUUUCCCAGUAAAGUAUCCUUUAAUCAAAAUACAACCGAAAAACAUGUAA